UGUCGAUCUUGAGUUGUCUCAUACCAAUCAUUCAACAUCUCAUUUUAAAGCAUUUAGGAAAGGUGUUGAGUAAUUUGAUGAAAAACAUGAUGAAUCUCAUUGAAAUUGUUAAAAGCUAUCCAAGACUACCGCUUAUUUCAGCACUCGGUUAACUAUUAAAAAUAGUUUUACUUGUAAUGAAUCAUUAUAAAUGAUAGCUUGAUUGAAACAAAAGUGGUUUUUUUAUAUUUCCAAUCUAUUCUAAAUUGCCGGGCUAAGAAUUUAAGAUUUAAAGUCUUUACUUUUAGUUAAUUAGUUGUGAACUCGCCCUGAUCUAUCAAAAAUAAAGGAUAAAAGAUAACGAAAGAAAAGAAAGAAAAGAUUUAAGUUAAAGUAAGAAGCGAGGAGGAAAGAAAAGUGACUCUUAAGUUUAAAGUAGAGAGUGAAAACUGGUUUACUAUUGGCCAAACCUGUACUAAUAACCCAAUUGCGCUCUUCUUUUUACGUUCCGUUUGCUUUAGUCAUUUACAGAUUUUUAACAUUUUAGUUCAUUUCUCUUGAUAUAUUUCAUCGAAAAAUUGAUACUUACCUUGAUUAUUGUGCCUAAUGCUGUGAUUAGUGGGGCAAAAUGUAAGGCUUACCGUUUGGAGAUACUAGUUUAUAUCAUUUUUGUUUACAACCUGUUCAACAUUAAGGCCUAACAUUGUGAGUUACAUGUCAACAAUAAUCUUCUGUUUACCUGAUUCAAAUUACAGUACCAUGUUAGUUUUGGAUAUUUAUAAUGCCUAAAUUACUCACCAAUUUACUUAUUUAAUCACACAUUUCCAAGCUUUAACCAAUGUCUUCACAGUGUGUGCACCUGAUAUUUAUUAUUUUCACAUCUUUACUUUUUGUUUUAUUCGUGCCUUGUAAUGGAGAGUAUAUUUGUCCAAAACCUGGUUCAAUACCUGAUCCCUGUACAUGUGAUCGCAAUGGAACACUCGGAUUAACAAUAAGUUGCUCUGGAACCAAUCUCGCCAUCAUAACACUUUCACUAAGAUCAAUCAAGAAACCCAUUGAUACUCUAACUAUUAGAUCUGUAAAUACAACAACUCUUAGCGGGCCAAUAUUUCAAGAUUUGACUAUUCACAAUUUAAGAGUGAUUCAAACAAACAUAACUAAGCUAGAGCCAAGUGUUUUGGAUUGCUGCAAGUCCACCUUGAAAUCUCUUGAUUUACAAGAAAACAAGCUGACCUCCUUGGACGAUGUGAUAAAAACAGCUGAACAAAUUAGUAAUUUAACUCGACUCAAUUUGAAUGAGAACCGGAUCAGCAAGAUUAAUGAUAAAAGCUUUUCGAAGCUGAAAAAUCUAAGAGAUUUAUCUCUUUCUUCAAAUGGCAUCGCUAAAUUGACAGCAUCAACUUUCACUGGACUAACUAACCUGGAAUCACUGGAUUUGAGUAAUAACCUUUUGACUAAACUGGAGCGAAAUGUCUUCAAAGAAACCAAAAAACUGAAAUCACUGGAUGUUUCUUAUAAUAAGGUGACUGAGCUUGGAAAGUCGGAUUUGACUGAUUUAAUCAAUUUAGUCUCCUUCAACUGUUCACAUAACAAAAUAUCCAAGCUGGGACGAUCUCUUCUCAGUCGUAAUGCUCAGCUGAGAGAAAUCAAUUUGUCUCACAAUCAAUUGAAGGAAAUUGAUUCCUACCUAUUGAAAGGAGUUCGUUUCUUGAAGGAUAUCAACUUGCAAGGCAACAACAUAACAACUAUUGCCAAAAACGCUUUCAGUUCAACUACUCGAUUAAAAAACUUGAACCUGGCUUAUAACCAACUGGUCGAGUUGACCCAAGAAGUAUUUAAAGACCUUCAAUGGUUAGAUCGAUUGGAUUUGUCACAUAAUCGAAUCAAAACAAUUGAAAGAGCUUCAAUGACUAAGAUGUAUAAAGUUGCUAUUGAUUUAAGUUACAAUGGACUUGAAAAAAUUGAACCAGGAAGCUUUCUCGAUUUAGCCAAUGUUACAACCCUUAAUCUUUCCUACAACAAUCUCACCAUACUGCCCAACUUGGCCUUCGAGAAUUCGGAUGUUACCAAUCUAUUACUUGAUCACAAUUACAUCGUCGAUUCAACUAAAAUCCUCAUCUCUAAUUUAACUGGAAUCAAGAUGCUCAACCUUUCUUAUAACCAAAUCACUGAUCUUAACCGUAAAUCAUUAUCAACUGGUAAACUAUAUGAACUAGAGACUAUUGAUUUAAGUUACAAUUCAAUCAAAGACAUAACUGGAUCCAUCUUUGAAAAAUUUCAAUCAAUUCGUGAUCUCCGUUUAAAUAACAAUAAAAUAAAUAAAAUUGGAUUCGGUGCUUUUGGUACUUUACCAACUCUCUUGCGAUUGGAUUUAAGUUACAACCAAAUCACAGUGGUUAGCUCGGGAGGAUUAUCUAGUCUUAUAUCGGUCAGAGAGAUUGAUGCAUCUCAUAAUAGGAUCAAGAAAAUGUUUACGAUUCCGAUAUCUCUGAAUACUCUUCACCUUCAACAUAACCAGAUUGAUACAAUAAACUCAGGAACAUUUCCAGUCAUGAAUGCCUUGCUUGAACUAUACCUUGAUUCAAACAAAAUUAAAUCAUUGGAGCCUGGAUCAUUGGCCAGUCUGUUGGGAUUAAGAUCUCUUUCACUGCAUAACAAUAGUUUGUCAACUGUUCCAAGAGAUGCUUUACAACAAUUGACUUCUCUGUCUUAUCUUGAUCUGAGUAACAACAAUAUCACUCAUCUCGAGGCGAAACAGUUUGGCUCGUUACCUGUUGUAUUUGAGCUUUACCUCCAAUCAAACAAGAUCAAUCAAAUUGAUAAUGGAGCCUUCGAAGGAUUACUCCAGCUAAUUAAACUUAACCUGAGCAACAAUGAUUUGAAAUUACUUGAGCCUGGAGUAUUUAAGACUCUUGUUUCAGUGCGAACCUUAGAUUUGUCAUUCAACAAAUUGAACAAACUGGAAAACAAGACACAUGGUAUUCUGGAAGAUUUAUUAUCAUUGGAAAAUCUAAAUGCUAGCCACAAUUUAAUUUCAUUUGUCAACGAUAGGACUUUUCCCCGAUCUCCCUAUAUUCCAUAUAAAAUAAGGAAUGUUGAUUUAAGUUACAAUUACAUUCCAACAUUGACACCCAUUUUUGACGAUGGAUUAUGGCGAGUGGAAAGGUUGAUACUUCGAGGAAACAUAAUCAACGAAAUCAAGUCCAACGUGUUAUCAAAUAUGACUGAGCUUCGAGAACUUGACCUUUCACAUAAUCAAUUACGUAAACUAGAAAAUGUUACUUUUGGUGUUAAUAUUUUAACCAAACUGGAAUAUUUGUCCAUUGCUGAAAACAAGCUUUCAUCUAUCAAUAUGGUUGAAAUUGAAUCAAUGAGAUCCCUUAAAGUAUUCAAUAUGAGCUUCAACAGAUUCUCAGUUUUACCAAGUAAACCAUUGGUUCGUAUGCUUCGCCAUGGAACACGGAUUCUUCUUGAUGGAAACCUGGUCAACUGUGAUUGUGGUUUGUUGGAUUAUCUUCGGUGGCAAGUUGUUAAAAAGGCUGAACAAAUUGUUACCAAUGGCACUUUACUGGAAGGAAAUGUAAUCUGUGAUAGUCCAUCAGAAAGAAAAGGAUUUACUUUGAAUAAAUUGAAGUAUAAAAUGUUCAAAGCUUGUGAGACGGACGAUUUAGGAAGAACAAUUGAAGGACAUAAUUUUGAUCAGGAAGAACAGAGUAAUUUACGAUUCAAAGGAGUUGAAAAAUUGCGAGGUCGACGAAACAGUAUUCGUGUUGUUUGGUUUGUUGCUCGUCGAGAUAAAGAUAUUUCUGGCUUUAAACUGACCAUUUUAUCUGGGGAUGGUAAAGAAAUUGAAACGGUUAAUUUAUCGUAUGACAAACGAGAACAUGUUUACAAUAAUUUUAAACUUGGUAGCGGCUUACGAAUUUGUGUUCAAUCGGUUGAUUCAAUGGGCAAAACGGAAACCGAUUACUCGGAUUGCAUUGAUGGACAGGUACGCAAUGUGUUUGCUGAAUUGAAUCGACAACAUUUAACACCAAAGUUGAUCUCAAGUCAUGCAAAUCACUCUCAAUUUACGGCUCAUCAAUUUGCUAUCUUAUUUACCGUUUUGGUCUAUUUUGUCAACUUGAUUGAUUCUUUUCAAUGAUGAGAAGAUGAUUAAAGUAUUUCAAUAACAUGCCAUUAAUAGCAGCAUGAACGGUGAUUAAAUUCAUAAUUUGAUGUUCCCUUUUAUCCAGUGAUUCAUCUGCUCAUCCUGAUUCUGUUCAUCCUUUCAACCAUUAUCAAUUUAAUCGAGCUAAUGGCAUCUAAAUCGUUUGAUUUUUGCUUCACUCAUCUAAAAUAUCGACAAAAGCUACCUGUUACCUGCUAACAGUUACUUAAUCAAUCCUGAUGCGAUACUCUAUAGUUAAUUUCUAGUCUCUCACGUGAGUUUUUAAUCCAUCUGUCAUCAUCGUCAUCAUCAUCAUUAUAGCCAUUUUUCCCAAAUCAAUUUUAUUCAUUUUAUUUUUAAAUGCUAAAAAAAUAAAAUAUGUUAACAUGUU